AUGAAGCCACUUGCCGUGCUGAUGUAUAAUAUGCUAGUGGAUAUAUGGGGCAGUUGCUAUAACCGAUAUGAGAUCGAAAUUAAAAAUCUGGGUCAAGAUUCAUCAGCAGGGUCGCGACUUUUGAGGAUGAUGGAUCUCCCGAAACUCGCGCGCGCACUGGCUGAGAUUCUCCGCUCAAUAUCCUAA